GCGCAGUUUGUUGAAAGCAUUACGUGAUGUAUAUGUACAAGUGCCUUACGCUACUUUUAUUUUCAACAGUGGGAAGCGAUAAUUCCUGCUUCUCGGGUCUCUCUCAGUCUGUUGCAAUUAGACUCAGAAAAUAUAUACUUUGCGAUUACGAUAAAAAUUCGAGACCUAUUCGUGAUCACAAUCAACCUGUAAAUUUGUCAAUACAAACAAGGGUUAUAUAUUAUGACUACAAUACGUUCGACAACAGUUUCACUGCCGACAGCUGGAUGGGAUUGCAAUGGAUUGACGAACAUCUUGCGUGGAAUCCCGCUGAUUACGAAUCCAUAAAAAGUGUUCAUUUGUCGAGUAAUAACAUAUGGGUGCCAGAUUUUUCAAUUUACAAUAAGAAAAAUGGAAACGGUGAGCAAUCAGUUAUUCGAAAUUCUCACUGCACUGUAAAAAUUGACGGAGAAGUGCGCUGUGUAGUAUCAACAAGCUACACGACGGUAUGCAUUUCUGACUACACGAACUUUCCUUAUGAUGAGCACAACUGCACUGUCCGUUUUGGUUCCUGGACUCAUACUGGUGAAGAGUUAAAUUUGGAAAUUGACGUAAUUACAGAAGAUUUGGUCCCCAACGGGGAAUGGAAGUUAAUUAAUACGAGUGCCUACAAGCAUCCAGGAGUUUACGAGUGUUGCCCCAAUAAUACAUACCCGUCCGUUGAUUUAAGUUUUAAGAUCCAAAGACUAUCCGGUUCUCAUACUGCCAGCGUGGUUUUUUCUGCUAUUGUUUUGAUUAUUAUAACUCUAACAUCUUUAUGGCUUGCUCCCGAUAAUCCUCACCGUCUCAAUCUUUGUUAUAUCAACAUUAUUAGCGAAUUCGUCUACUUGGAAUAUUUAUACUGGAUGAUACCGAUGAAUAACGAUUACAGAAUUCCGUUAAUAUUGCUCUUUGCCAGGGAUUCAGUAGUUUUGUCUGUGUUUACGUUGAUUUUCACUUUAGGGUUGGCAAAUAUGAUGAAGAAUGAACAACCAGUUCCUGAAUUGAUAUCCAACGUGGUUAGUGUUUUGGUGGCUUUCAGACUUGGACAGUUUGUUUUUUUGAGCAAUUGUCUUUUCAAGGGUUACGAAGAGUACGAACAUUAUAUUACAGCUGUUCACAAAAAAGACGCUACUUGGUCGAAGACACAAUGGUUAAUAUUUUCUAAAAUUUUAAACAGAUUGUGUAUUGGCAUUUUCGUCCUUAUAUACUUGUGCAUGUUCAUAGCGUUUAAUCCAUAA